CUCACAAUCAGGUUUUCACGCUGAAUCAUAAUCGGAGGGCAUUAUCCGAAGGCUUUCCUGCAUGGCAUCGCGUCAACGACUAGUUCUUCCGUUUUCAUUAUGCCCGACCUUGGGGACUCACCGAGUAUUGAUUCCGAGUAUUGAUUGUCGUUGUACAGUCGUCGACGGGCCGCGCCUGUCAUUCAGCUUGAUUAUAAUUAGAUCGUACUUGAUGUCUUUAGGGCUACGUCGAUCAGGGGCGUACUAUUCCCACUGGGCUAGCGAUAACCUGCAUAUUUUUACACGGCUCUGGGAACGAGAACGUACCGGGGCCAACACGGCUAUUCCAAGCGAUUCCAAUGUGUUUCUCCUCGUAUUGUAGCUUGGAUUCAAACGUCCGUAGGGAGGGCUGUAUCCGGAGUCCGCAGUAACGCUGAAUCUCGCUGAGAGAUGCGACGGUCUACAGUGCUACACUGAGCUG